AUGGCCCAGCAGUCUGUGUCCGACACAGCUGAGGAAUACGAUUAUGAAUCCCUCCCUCCCAAUUUCUCCCUGCUGCAGAACAUGGCAGCAGGAGCGUUCGCCGGCAUUGCUGAACACACAGCUAUGUACCCCAUCGAUGCGAUAAAGACUCGAAUGCAAAUAAUCGGAUCAAGCGCGGCCCCGACCACUUCCAGUGUCAUACGCAGCACUUACCAGAUUGCUUCCAAGGAGGGCGUCCUUAACCUGUGGCGUGGAAUGUCUAGCGUUAUUGUAGGAGCUGGACCUGCUCAUGCUGUGUACUUCGCGACCUACGAGGCUGUCAAGCAUGCGAUGGGUGGCAACCAGGUUGGAGUCCAUCAUCCUCUCGCAGCUGCCUCCAGUGGUGCUGCUGCCACAAUCGCCAGCGACGCUUUCAUGAACCCCUUCGAUGUCAUUAAGCAACGCAUGCAGAUCCAAAACUCGAAGGUGAUGUACAGAUCGAUGGUCGACUGUGCUCGUUACGUCUACAAGAAUGAGGGCAUUGGGGCCUUCUACAUUUCAUACCCGACGACCCUCUCCAUGACCGUUCCCUUCACUGCUCUUCAAUUUCUCGCCUACGAAUCGAUCUCGACGAUGAUGAACCCCCAGAAAGACUACGAUCCGAUGACUCACUGCUUGGCUGGUGGUGUUGCUGGUGGUUUUGCAGCAGGUCUUACAACCCCCAUGGACGUGAUCAAGACGAUGCUGCAAACUCGCGGCACAUCAACGGACCCCCAAGUUCGCGCGGUUAACAGCUUCGUCGGUGGUUGCCAGCUCCUUUACCAGCGCGAGGGCCUUCGUGGCUUCUUCAAAGGUGUCCGGCCUCGUGUGGUUACAACUAUGCCUAGUACGGCUAUCUGCUGGUCAGCGUAUGAGUUCUGCAAGGCCUACUUCAUCAAGCUGAAUGACAAACUGUGA